UCCAUGUCAUGGAUGAUGUGUUGAAUGGAUUAUAGAUUUGUCUAAUCUUGUGGAUUAAUUAGUCUUCUCUCAUCUCAUUAGCCUAUAGGGCCUACAUCAUUGAUACCAAAUCAACAUCAUUAAGCACAAAUUACAGUCACUAAUUUGAUGUUUUAGGAAGGAAAAGUAUGUUGUUGCCUCUCCUGGCCAUGUCCAUUUCAGCUGAAUAACAAGUUUCAUUGGAAUUCUUUUCUUGCCAAGCGUUAAUUCUCUGAAUCUGCAGCGUGCAAAAAGAUACUCUACUAUUGUGGUAGCUCACCAAACAGUAGAAAGAGACUGUUUUCUUCUCCAAAUAGAACACUUUAGCUCCCUGCUGAAUAGACAAAAGUGGUUGUCUAACUCUAACGUGAUGGUACUUUCAAAUGAAAUCCAAAUCUGUUGUUUUUUAGUGGUUUUGAUUCUUCGAACAUAUGGAAAAAUGAAGAAUGACACCAUGAGAAAGAAAGAAAAGUGAGUCUUUGCAGAUUCCAGACUGCAGCCUUGAAAAAUUAUAAACUAUGGAAGGUCAGAAAGUGGUCUAAGAAAGUUGCUGGGUACCAACUUGACAGAAUUCAUUAAUUCAAAUCGAACUUGAACAGAACGUCAAAGUCAUAGAUUUUACCGAACAGGAGGCAAUUUGCUUGUUUAGCUCUAUAAAUACAGCAGAACUCAUCAUCCACUUCCUCUGCAACCAACUUCUUGUUUCAUUUGCAUCCCUCUACCCUGCAUUUGCAACUUACUCCUAAAAUGGCACCCCUGAGAUGGCUCUUGAUCUCUGUUGCAUGUUUCCUUUUCAUGCAGAGUCUUGGAAAGUCUGAGACCUGUCCUGAUUGUUUUAUCCAUUCUCGGGCAGGUUAUUACCCAAAUUCUGACCAAAAAGGAACAGAAGUUGGGGAAUGUGGCUUUGGUAAGUUUGGAGCAACACUCAACGGCGGUGACGUUUCGGCUGCAUCAGAACUAUAUCGAGGGGGUGUAGGAUGUGGUGCUUGCUAUCAGGUAAGGUGCACUUACAGUUAUUAUUGCCUGGAUAAAGGAGUAACUGUAGUCAUAACUGACCAUGGAAUCAGUGAUCGAACUGACUUCAUUCUCAGCCAGCGAGCCUUUAGUCAGAUGGCACAGAGCACAGAUGCAGCAGCCUCUCUACUGGCACUUGGAAUUGUUGACAUUGAAUAUAGAAGGGUCUCAUGUAGCUACCCUAACAAAAAUAUUACAUUCAAGAUCGAUGAGAGCAGCAAUAACCCUUAUUAUUUAGCUUUUGAAAUAUUGUACCAGCAAGGAAAGAUGGACAUUACAGCUGUGCAGCUCUGUGAGACACAAAACUUUGUUUGUAAACUCUUGGAUAGGACUCAUGGAGCAGUAUGGACGACCACCUCGCCGCCAAGUGGGCCUUUAUCGAUAAGGAUGCUAUUUAGUGCCAAUGAUGAAGAUCAGACAUGGGUAGUUCCAGUCAACAACAUACCAGGAAAUUGGAAACCUGGAGACACAUAUGACUCAGGAGUACAAGUAAAUGCUUAGCCAAAGAAACUGAAUGUUGUCAUUCUACGGUCAAUAAGUCCUCGGUGUUCUUGUGCUUUAUUUUUUAUUCGGUUCCUAUCCAAUUUUAGUCAGGAGAUGGUGCAAGAAGUUGGAGUUCUACAUGUAGUCAUUCCAUUACUGCUCACUAGUCAAAGUAACCAUGAGAAGAAUUAUAGGUUUGUAGUAAUUCUCUACCAUAGACUAUGGACUAAUUGUAUCCUCCUUCUAUGUUAAAAGAAUUGAUUGCAUAUGAAUAAAUUGGAUGCAAGACAUAAUUAUUUUUCUUUCAA